AACAAAAAAAAAAUAUAAUGGGCCCGGCCCGGACCGGACCCGGGCCGGUCCCGGGUCCACCAUUUCUGACCCGCCGGCCCGCCCGGGCCUAGGCCUGACCCGGACCCGGCCCGGACUCGGCCCGGACCCGAGUCCAUCCAUAAUUGCGCCUACUUCCGUUUUAUCCUCCACGUGCAACUGUUUGUUAUCCUACUUGGACUUAGAUAGCCUUCUACAUUUGUCUUAUUUGUCAGCCCAACCGAAGGAGAUAUUUCCGGCCCAACUGCAAGAAAUAGCACCGGCCCAACAUAAAAUAGUAUAUAAAAAUGCAUGGUCUAACUAAUUAUAUAGUUUUUCAUAGUCUAAAACCAACAAAUUCAGAUAAACUAGUAAAAUGAAAAAUCAAUUCGUCCCUCCCUUUACCUCUGAAAUCUCCAAACCAAACAAGGCCUAAGGGAACUUGACUUUUUAAAAGCAUAAUACAAAGUCCAUGACACUUUUGAUGGGAUUUGGAUGCUUGCUUGCAAGCUACUGGGCCACAGGAGUUGUGGGAAAUGGAGGCUGGGCCUUAAUUGGCUUAAACUCCAUGGAACAUUGCAGUUGGUGGGCAGCCUACUUUGAUUUAUUUGGACUUUUUGUUUCACUUUACACUAAGCCGGAGCCUGUCCUAUGCUAGUUUUGACUUCUAAAAUUUCUCUCUCCUUACCACUGCUGCAAGAUGGGGGUAGGUGGAUAUAGUAGAUACUAUUUUAGGUUACCAUGCUAGCUUAGAUAGUUCCUUUUGGAUACAUUUUGAUGCAUUGUAUAUGUUAUUUUCUGAGUAUAUAUAUAUUUACAUUUUAUCCAAAUAAUAAUACUAAUAAAUUAUUAUUAUUAUUAUUAUUAUUAUUAUUAUUAUUAUUAUUAUUACUAUUAGUCAUACUUCAAUUUCUAAAUGUUUUCCACCUCUGCAGCAAGCUAAGAUCAACUUUAAUCAUGCUUGUGGUCUUCCUUCUACUCAAGAUAACACUGUCAUUGCCCCACAUUCUAUGAAAACACUGGCUUUACAAUAUUUUACUUGUGUAGUUAAAAGUAUGGCUUCCAAGUAGAGUUUUUUCCAUUUUUGGUCCCCCGACUAUUAUGUCAAUGACACUUUUGGUACUCGACUUCUGAUUUUUCCAUUUUUAGUCCUCGACUAUUGUGCUAGAGACACUUUUAAUCCCUGACUUCAAGAUUUCCCACAUUUGGUCCCUGAGUAUUGUCAAAUCGACACUUUUAGUCCUCUCAUUAUGAUUUUGACACAAUAGGUGGAGGACUAAAAAUGUCACUAUUAUAAUAGUUGAAGGACCAAAAGUGUCACAUUUAUGAAAGUUGAAGAACUAAAUAUGGAAAUUUUCAAAGACGGGUACCGAAAGUGUCUCUAGCGCAAUAGUCAAGGACUAAAAAUGGAAAAAAUCAAAGUCAAGUACCAAAAGUGUCAAUGACAUAAUAGUCGGAGGAUUAAAAGUGGAAAAAAACUCCUUCCAAGUAUAACAUGAGUUGUAGAGACUUGGCUAUUUGGAGAAGUAACAAAGUGAAGCAUGCUAUGGACUUACUUCUUGCUAUUCCGGCUGAAGGUUUAGGACAAACUAUUAGUCCUAGACAGUUUACUGUAAUUCUUGCAUAUAGGCUUGACAUUCCUCUUUUUCAAGAUGGCGCUACUUGUUCUUGUUGUCUUGGUAGUAUGGAUACCUGGGGGGACCAUGCUCUUCGUUGCUCCAGCCUGAUUGGUCCAAACUUUAGACACAACUUGGUUCGUGACACAGUGGUUGACAUUUGUUUUUCGUGCUGGUAUAGCUCACGGAAUUGAGGCUCCUCUUGGGUUUCUUACACAGCAAGGAGUUGUUGAUCUUGAGCACUUUAAACCUGGGUUAGCUUUAGCUAGAGCCAUUGAGAGGAAGCAACAUAAGUGUGCUGAUAUUUGUAAAGCCAGUGGUCACAACUUUGGUACUUUAGGCUUCACUACGUUGGGGGAACUUGGACCGGAAUCUAUUUUGUUUCUUAAACGUGUUAAGAGCCAUAUUGCUAGACAUGACUCUACUUUAAAAGUUGGCAAUUUUCUUUUUAUUAGGAUAAGUUUAGCCAUAUAAAAAGGUGUUGGAGCUCAACUUGUUGCUAGGCUCCCUACUUGUUAUUUGUAAUCUUCAACCUUUCUUAUCCUAAUAAAAUGCCUUUCCAUAAUAA